CCAGGGAGUAAGCGUGCGUCUCUGGGCCUUUAAGCAUGCCUCACUCUCAGGAGUCUUUCUCGAACCCUGCCUUAGGCAACGACGACACACAUUUAGGAAAUCUGCAUGCUUCUAAGAAAUCGCCAUAUAAGAACCCGACCCACAUGGCGCAGCAGCAAGAUCCCUGGAGUCGGCUCAGCUCAACCCCCACAGUCACGUCCAUAAGGCGAGAUGCCUACUUUUUUGAUCCUAAGAUACCGAAGGAUGAUCUGGAUUUCCGCUUAGCAGCCUUGUAUGACCACCACACUGGGGCAUUCAAGAACAAAACUGAGAUACUGUUACACCAGGAGACGAUUGAGGAUAUCCAGGGACCCAAGUUUCCUGGAGAAUGUUUCCACUCUCCUCCAGCCCCCAUUACUUCCCGGACUACCAUCAGGCACUGGAUCAACCCUAAGAAAGAAUCCAUCCAUAGCAUUCAAGGAUCCAUAGUGUCUCCUCACACUGCAGCCACCAACGGAGGUUACUCCCGGAAAAAUGAUGGUGGCUUCUUCUCCACCUAGUGGUGACAACUGGGUUAAUUUCAACGUGGUGGAACAUCCAACCCAUC